AUGUCCGACAUCGCAAGCACCUCGACAUCAGUACCACUAGUCCGCAAGUCUCGCGGCGCCAACCCAUCUACCGACUACAAGUCGCUCUUCCUCAAAUCCAAAGACAAGUUCGACCGCGUCUCGACCGAGCACACCGACCUCAAAGCCAACGUCGUCAAAGCUACAGCAAAGCACCAGAAGCUUCGCGAGGAACUUGACUAUCUUCUCGAUGCCGUCGCUGCCAAGCGCGAGCAGCGGGCUCAGGUCGAGCAAUCUCGCCGCGAGCAUGCGCUGGAGUUGGAGCGCGAAGCGGCGGCCGAGGCGGCCAGACGGAGAGCAAACCCCAUCAGCAAGCGGGAUCUGGAGAGGGAGCGUGAUGCGUACGAGAUCCGAAGUAUGACGAGGGGAUUCGAGGGUGGGGAGGAGUACAGGCCGUAUCCGGCGCGGUAUGCCGAGCCUAGCUACCACGCAUUUGGAAGCGGUAUCACCCGAGGGUACGCUUCUCCCCCGCCUCCAGUCCAACCAUCAGCAGCACUUGGAGGAAAAGAUAGCAGAGGAGGCGAGAGAUAUCCGACAUCCGAAGGAUCGCCACAAGGAUCGACGAGAAGGGACUCGUACGCAGCAGCAUCGUACCGUCGCCCGCCCUCGCGGUCACCCACUGCACCGUCCGCACCCUCCUCGUCGCGGAGGCAAUACGAGCACGAUCUGCACUCCUCUUCGCCAACCAAGUACGACGCUCAGCAAAGGUUUCGCGAGUCGACGCCACCACUGGCGACCUCGUCGGCGAUCAAGAGGCCGAGACCAACGAGCGUCGAGCGCGAGCUUCUCGAAACAGACGAGGGAUACCACAGCAAGCGUGCGAGGAACGACUGA